AUGACUUUUGGCUGUGGUCAGGUGUUCCCGUAUAUCCACCAAAGCCUCUCCUGCUCCUGCUCCUCUUCCUCGGAGGGCCGUUUUGAGGCGUCGUACAGCUCGCGUUUUCGCUCGUUCCAUGCAAUUGACGAGUAUCGAAGGCUUACCACGAUGCUCUUCUCAGUUUGCGGGCUCGCUGCCGUGCGCUUCGCUGGCAGGUUGCAUCAGCGCAAUGCCCUCAGCGAACACAGUGUCGGAUUUUUCUCACUGACAAAAUGCUUACUUAGGCCAGCGUUCUCCGAUUGUGCACUUUUUGUUUUCUUUUUGUUUGUGUGCGGUGAAGUAGCCAUCGAACGCCCUGCCUCCAAGUUCCAUGACCCACACUACUUCCCGGAUAUUCUAGUCGUUUCAUACGUCCUAUCGUGUGUGCCUAGUGCCUGCCGAAAGCGACAGCAAUGA